AUGUGUGUUGCAUUUGAACAUGUACACAACAUAGCAGAGAUUCAUGAAAAUCUCGCUAAUACGGAUUUACUACAAACUAAUUGUCGAACUCAUCCACGCGAUGAAGAUGACGAUGGUCCUAGAUUUCGUUUUAUUGACGGCAGACGAUAUCAUAACAUCACUAAUUCAGAAUAUCCGGGUGCGAAUGAUGAUCAAGAAGCUGUUCGUUUAAUACGCUAUCAUGAAGCAAUGAAAGAUAUUUGGGAAGGCUUGUUCCAUUCGCCAGUUGAAGAAAAAUUGAAACAGGGAGCUAGAGUUAUCGAUGUUGGGUAG